GAGGCCACAUAGCGCAAGAUGUUCUUGGAAAUGCUGAACCCCAUGCAGUAUAAUGUCACCAUCAUGGUCCUGGAAACUGUGACUGCCAGUGCCAUGCCACUCCUGCUGAUCAUGGGCCUCCUUCUCCUGAUUUGGAAUUGUGAGAGCUCGUCUUCAAUACCAGGUCCUGGCUACUGUCUGGGAAUUGGGCCCCUCAUUUCCCAUGGCAGAUUCUUGUGGAUGGGGAUUGGAAGUGCCUGCAACUACUACAAUAAGAUGUAUGGAGAGUUCAUGAGAGUCUGGAUCAGUGGAGAGGAGACACUCAUUAUCAGCAAGUCCUCAAGCAUGUUCCAUGUCAUGAAGCACAGUAACUACAUCUCCAGAUUCGGCAGCAAGCGUGGGCUGCAGUGCAUUGGCAUGCAUGAGAACGGCAUCAUAUUUAACAACAACCCGAACCUUUGGAAAACAAUCCGCCCUUUCUUUAUGAAAGCUCUGACGGGCCCUGGUCUUGUUCGAAUGGUAGAAGUUUGUGUGGAGUCCAUCAAACAGCAUUUGGACCGGCUGGGCGAAGUCACCGACACCUCGGGCUACGUGGAUGUGUUGACCCUCAUGAGACACAUCAUGCUGGACACCUCUAACAUGCUCUUCCUGGGGAUCCCCCUGGACGAAAGUGCUAUUGUGAAGAAAAUCCAGGGUUACUUUAACGCCUGGCAAGCUCUCCUCAUCAAACCAAACAUCUUCUUUAAGAUUUCUUGGCUCUACAGAAAGUAUGAACGAUCCGUCAAGGACUUGAAAGAUGAGAUAGCUGUUUUGGUGGAAAAGAAGAGACACAAAGUUUCCACAGCCGAGAAACUGGAAGACUGUAUGGAUUUUGCAACCGAUUUGAUUUUUGCUGAGAGACGUGGAGACCUGACAAAAGAGAACGUGAAUCAGUGCAUACUGGAAAUGCUGAUUGCGGCCCCUGACACCAUGUCGGUCACUCUGUACUUCAUGUUACUUCUCGUCGCAGAGUAUCCAGAGGUCGAAACAGCAAUCCUGAAGGAGAUCCACACUGUUGUGGGUGAUAGAGACAUAAGGAUUGAGGAUAUCCAAAAUUUAAAAGUGGUGGAAAACUUCAUUAACGAAAGCAUGCGUUACCAGCCUGUUGUGGACUUGGUCAUGCGCAGAGCCCUGGAGGAUGAUGUCAUUGACGGCUACCCGGUUAAAAAGGGAACUAACAUCAUUCUGAACAUCGGAAGAAUGCACAGGCUCGAGUAUUUCCCUAAGCCCAAUGAAUUUACCCUUGAAAACUUUGAGAAGAAUGUUCCCUACAGGUACUUUCAGCCUUUUGGCUUUGGGCCCCGCAGCUGUGCUGGGAAGUACAUCGCCAUGGUGAUGAUGAAAGUUGUCUUGGUUACACUUCUGAGACGAUUCCACGUGAAGACACUGCAAAAACGGUGUAUUGAAAACAUACCGAAAAAGAAUGACUUGUCCUUGCACCCCAAUGAGGACAGGCACCUUGUGGAAAUAAUUUUCUCUCCAAGGAAUUCAGACAAGUACCUCAAACAGUGAAGAAGUGUGGCCUGCCUACUCCGACUUAUCGGUAGUUCCAUGGAAACCAUCCAUUUUAUUGAGUAGGUGGCAUCAACCUCACCAUGAACAUUUGAUGGUCUGAAGCAUUGUAUGAUCAUAGCUCCUAUGGUUUGACAACAAGCUGGGCA